UUGCCGUCGCCAGAAGCGACUCCGGAGGUCGAAGAUGGUAGGAUCCAGGCUGAACGAAGGAGAACCGCUGCUGCAGCGCAGCAGCUUCCCGAUGUUCCCGCAGGCAGCACGGGCAACAUGGACGUAGACAAAGCUACUCAGCCCCAAAGUGGCGCCGGUGCACACGUCGGCGAGGUUCCAGCGCAGAUUCAGCGCAUCCUUGGUUGCGCCGAUGAUUCCUAUGCGGAAAUCCUGGAAGUCAGACCGGACGCCACGGAAAAGGAGACGGCGAUCGCCUGGAGACGCUUGGGAUGCCUUCUGCACGCGAGUGUCACUGAUCAUCAGAAUGCUGACAAGGCUUUUCACAAACUUCAUGUGGCGGCCCAAGAGCUGAGCGUGAACCACCUCGAAAUAGACGAAGUGGUCAACUGGGACGGCGAGAAGCUUCCAGACCUAGAAGAUGAAUCCCCGAUGGAAGUUGAUCCCAUUCCCGUUCCACCGCAAGCGGUGAGGGACAUCUUUGACAAAGCAACACCUUCGCUUCAUCGUCUGAGGGGAAAUCCUGACGAUCCGGUCGCGCGGAAGGAGAUACACAACUUCAACAUGCUGAUCUCUGACUUCAACGCAGCAGAGAAGGAAGCUUCAGGUGCUGAUGAUUCUGACAUAUCUCCAGACCGCUGGUGUAUUUCUCUACAGUUUUUCGGCACCCAUUUCAACCUCGUCCGGGAUAAUUACAAGAUCCUUCUAAAUGACAGAUCGAACCAAGAAGCCAGGGAUGUCAUCGCUGCCGAAAAGAAAGUAAUCGACGACUUCAUUGAAAGGAAUCACUUUCCGCGAGACUGGAGAGUCCUGCAUGCGGGUGUUUAUUUGCAGGUACAGGACAACGGAGCUGAGGUGGCCAAAGCCAAGAGACUUGCUGAAAGUCAGGCCGUCAUCCAAUACCUGUGGCCCACAGCCCAGGCGGCUGAUGGCUCCCUCAUCAUAGGUGUGCGGAAACAAGGGCAAUUUGGGCACCAGGUGUGCGUUGAGAUGCGGGAAGAAGACGGACGAGUCAUUCGCCGUCUUCAGUCAGCGUCUGAAGCUGGACUCCUGGAGGUGGAAAGGUACCGUCAAAUAGAUGGCUACAAGAAUCUGGCGGAAGGCCAAUCUCAAUGGUCUUGUGAUGAUCGCAACGACUUCGAAGAGCUCCUUUGGGUCACCGAGUCCCACAUAAAGCGCAAGAAUACUGCGGCCAGGAAGAAAAACCCCACCGCAGACUGCUGCGUCAAGUUCCGCACCAAAGGCAUUCAAAUCCUUACCGUCAGUAGCUUCAGCAUGGUCCUUGGUCGUUCGAGUGCGAGAGCCGAGAUCGAGAAGAUCUGUCGGAGAGACAACAUCGCCCCGCCUUGGGACGCCGGCUACAUCAGCGAGUAUUAUGACCCCUCAAGGCUGGAAAAGGACCCCGUUCGUCGCAGGGCUCUGCAGAAUGCUCAGGCAGCUUCUUCCGCCAAAAGACAUUUGGAUGUGCGAAAACAGGGCCUGGAUGAAGCGGCAGGCAAGACUGACCGCACGCCCGAGCAGCAGGAGGAUAGAGUCAGAGGUCUCGAAGAAGAGAUAAUGGAGAUGAAAAAGAUGAUGAUUACACUCACAGAGAACAUAGAAAGCUAGUGGGAUCGGCCAAGGCGUCUGCGCAGCCAAAGAAGGAGUGAGC